CAGUAAGAGGUUUGCUUCUUCGAACUUCCCCUCCAGAGGCUGGGGACAAGUUGUAGAAAAACGAAACCCCAGGAAGCUAAGGUUGGCACUUUCGCUUCCUCCUCGCCUCCUACCCUUGCCUGCUUUGAAUUCAGUCGUUACCCCACGGCACUCACCGGAUUGAAGAGCCCAGAACCGCGGGACUCUGCCCUCUCAGGUGCCUCACCGAGGCAGGCAGCCAGGCAUGCUUCCCCGCGGCCGCUGCCGCUCGCAGAAAAUGCCAGGAUGACGCCGCCUCCGCGGCGCCUGGCUGGGACGCUAAUCCUAGCCAUGGCCUUCCUCGCCUGCGUGAGAGCCGACGGCUGGGAGCCCUGCGUGCAGGUGGUUCCCAACAUUACCUAUGUGUGCAUGGAGCUGAAUCUCUCCAAAGUCCCCAGUGGCAUCCCCUCCUCAGCCAAGCACCUGGACCUGAGCUUUAAUCCUCUGAGGGUCUUAGCCCGCCGAAGUUUCUCCAGCUUUCCAGAACUACAGGUGCUGGAUUUAUCCAGGUGUGAAAUUCAAGACAUUAAAGACGAUGCAUUCUGGGGCUUAGACUACCUCUCUACCUUAAUAUUGACGGGAAACCCUAUCCAGAAUUUAGCACCGGGAACUUUUUCUGGACUACUCAGUUUACAGAAGCUGGUGGCUGUGGAGAUAAAUCUGUCCUCUCUGGAGAACUUCCCUAUCAGGCAUCUCAGAACCCUGAAGGAGCUUAAUAUAGCUCACAACCUUAUCCAUUCCCUGAAGUUACCUGAAUAUUUUUCUAACCUGAGCAACUUGGGAUACUUGGACCUUUCCAAUAACAAGAUUCAAGAGAUUCAUCAUAAGGACCUCCAUGUUCUGCACGACAAGCCCAAUCUCUCCUUAGACCUUUCUUUAAACCCAAUUGAUUUUAUCCAACCUGGUGCCUUUGACAAAAUGAGGCUUCAAGGACUAACUUUGAGAAGUAAUUUUGAUAGUGCACAUGUAAUGAAAACUUGUAUUUAUGGUCUGACGGGUCUAGAGGUCCAUCAGUUGGUUCUGGGAGAAUUUAAGAAUGAAAGGUAUGUGCAAGAGUUUGACAAGUCGGCCCUGGAAGGACUGUGCAACCUGACCAUUUCAGAGUUCAGGCUGGCGUAUUUAGAUGACUUUCCCAAAAACAUUAAUGGCUUCUUUAAAUGUUUGGUAAAUGCUUCUGCAGUGUCUCUGGCAAAUCUGUACAUACAAAGCCUUGAAGGCCUCCCUAAUGAUCUACAAUGGCAAUCUUUAGAGCUGGUGAAGUGUAAAGUUAAUCAAUUCCCCAUGUUGGAGCUGCCUUCUCUCAAAAGAUAUGUUUUCACUGCCAACAGAGGUGCGAUCAGUUUUUCAGAGUUUGAACUGAAGAAUCUUGAGUUUCUAGACCUCAGUAGAAAUGGCAUGAGUUUUAAGGGUUGUUGUUCUCAGAGGGAUAUGGGAACAACCAGUCUGAAGUAUUUAGAUCUAAGCUUCAAUGAUGUUGUAACUAUGAGUUCAAACUUCCUGGGUUUAGAACUACUAGAACAUCUAGAUUUUCAGCAUUCUACUUUGAAACAGGCAAGUGAAUUUUCAGUAUUCUUAUCACUCAGCAAACUGCUUUAUCUUGACAUUUCCUACACGCACACUGAGGUCGCCUUCCAUGGCAUCUUCAGUGGUUUGGUCAGUCUUCAAGUCUUAAAAAUGGCUGGCAAUUCUUUCAAAGGCAACGCCCUUUCAGGUAUCUUCACAGAUCUGACAAAUUUGACCUUCCUGGAUCUUUCAAUGUGUCAGCUGGAAUAUGUGUCCCAGGGAGUAUUUGACUCACUCCUUAAACUUCAGUUCCUGAAUAUGAGUCACAACAAAUUCAUAUCACUGGAUGCAUUCUCUUUUAAACCUUUGCAUACACUCCAGAUUCUAGAUUUCAGCUUCAAUAAAAUAGUAUCUUCCAAUGGGCAAGAACUACAGCACUUCCCAAGUAAUUUAACUGUACUGAACCUCACUCAGAACCCUUUUGAUUGUUCUUGUAAACACCAGAGUUUUCUGCAGUGGAUUAAAGACCAGAGGCAGCUCUUGGUGGAUGCUAAAAACUUAGAAUGUGUGAUGCCUCCAGAUAUGGAGGGUAAGCUCGUGCUGAGUUUCAGUAAUACUACCUGUCAGAUAACCAAAGUCAUCAUCAUUGUGACGGUGGUCAGUGUUGCCGUGGUAUCUGUGAUAGUAGGUCUGGUCUAUAAGUUUUAUUUUCAUCUCAUGCUUCUUGCUGGCUGCAAAAGAUAUGGUCGAGGUGAAAACAUCUAUGAUGCCUUUGUCAUCUACUCAAGCCAGGAUGAGGACUGGGUGAGAAACGAGUUGGUGAAGAACUUGGAAGAAGGGGUACCCCCCUUUCGUCUCUGCCUUCACUACAGAGACUUUAUUCCUGGUGUGGCCAUUGCUGCCAACAUCAUCCAAGAGGGUUUCCACAAAAGCCGGAAGGUUAUUGUGGUGGUGUCUCGGCACUUUAUCCAGAGCCGCUGGUGUAUCUUCGAGUACGAGAUUGCUCAGACUUGGCAGUUUCUCAGCAGCCGCUCUGGCAUCAUCUUCGUUGUCCUGCAGAAGCUAGAGAAGUCACUGCUCCGGCAGCAGGUGGAGCUGUAUCGCCUCCUCAGCAGGAACACUUACCUGGAGUGGGAGGACAAUGUCCUUGGGCGGCACAUCUUCUGGAGACGACUCAGAAAAGCCCUGAUGGAUGGAAAAGCAUGGACUCUGGAAGGAACAGCGGGUGUAGAAAACAGCCAGCAAGAAACAACAGCUUUGACCUGAGGAGGGAAAUCUCCAGAGAUGAU